GAUCGCAACAGAAAUCGGAGGGAGGAGGAGUGGUGACGACGACCAACCAAUGAUCGACGCCAAAGUCACGGAAGAAAAGAAGGGGAAAGAGCCCAUGUCAACUACAUCGCCUAGGAAGAAGAGACCAAAAAAGUUCGAGAUGAAGUGCACCUUGGACGAGAUAGACACGGUCGCCCCCUUGCGAAGGACUCUAAUGCAACCAAUGCAAUGCACUCUCCUAGAGUAUUUGGCAGCUAGCAAGAGCGCUAGGAACGAACUCCUGAGCAUCACCAAGAAGGUGAGGAUUCCGCCCGCGGGACGGCCUACAGGUCCUGGGGAUGGACCCGCCAAGGAGGAGGUGCAGUCUUCUCGAAUUACGAUGGAAGAACUGCCGGCUAGUUUCUUCUUGGAAGACGAGGGUAAGAAAUUUUAUGUGCUUGGGAGUGGCCAGCUCCAAGCCGUGGUGAGUGGGAAGAAGAUGAGGGGCCUAGUGGACAAUGGGUCCGAAUCUACCGUGUGUAGGGACUCUAUCGCAAAGGAAUUAGGGCUGGAGGUGGAUAGAGGGGUGUCCAUGUCCAUGGUCGUUGCGGACAACAAGCUCCAACCGGCGGAAGGGGUGUGUCACAACCCCUUGAUUGAGGUCGAAGGGGUGGAAGUUACGGCUUCGAUUUUCUCGGUGAAGGAGUGUUCUUCCGAGUUGAUACUCGGGAGAACUUGGCUAAGCGCAGUGCACGCCACCACGGUCGACCUUCCCGACGAAGUCAGACCGUAUCGAUCCAAAGUCCGGACGGGAUCCAAGUGGUUCUCAAGAUGGUGGAUGCUCAAGAUGAGCGGAACCGAACUAGUAUUCGGAGGAGGAAGGAAGCCCAGUCACGAGUGUGUCGGGUCCGGUAAGAAGAAUCGCCCUUUGCCGACAAAGAACUCCCGGGGGACAGGGCGGACGUCGAGCAUGUUGGGGGAUGAAUUAUAAUCAAUGGGGUAGGGUACGCAAAAGACGAGGAGGAGGAAGAAUUCGGUGGGUGCGUAAGGCUGUCUUUUUUGGAGGAAUCCCCCUAGCCGGCGGAAUCAAGAAGCAUAAAACCG